CCAAAUUUACGCUGAUUAUAAAAAACACUUGAAUUUUAGCGCGCACCUGUUCAGGAUGGAGAUGAGUGAGGAUGAGGAUCUGGCCACAGACAAAGAAAUGAAUGACACUCAAGAUCUUCCUGGUUCUGACAAUCCAGAGAAUGAGAUCACUAUGUCCUGUGUUAUAACCAACACCAUCAUAGGCAUAGACAUGAUAAAUGGGGAUGACCAGGGGAGACAACCCACCAACCUCGGCGCGACCUUAGUCAGUCGGUCAGUCCUGAACAGCUGUCUGGACAGUCUCAGACCAGUGUUGAAUGAACACCUGGAUUUCCUGCCAAAAAGCUAUACAUUUUGUACCAAACAAGGUUGGUCAAUUAGCAAGACUUUGGAGAACUCUAUAAUGGUCAGAAGUAUCUUAUCAGAUGAUGGAACAAUCUGUAUACAGCCGAGCCAUGAUAAACCAAAAGUUGGAAUCAAGUCUAAGAAUGGAGAACCCGUAGGGUUUGUGUUUGUGGAAUACACAUGCACUCUGGCAUCAGUCAGAGACAUCAUUCAAAACCAGCUAUUUCCCAGAGGAGAUAGAGUGAGCAGUAGAGGUGAGGAGGGAUUCCUGUUCCUCGACCCUAACGGCUAUCCAGUGUCAGGUGGUCAGGAGGCCACACUGACCUUGUUUGACAUCCUCCUUGGUAACUGUGUCCUUGUGUCCAUCAACAUGACCAGCGGUCUAGAUCUGGUAAGGUCAGAACUGACCUCCCCGGAGUACGAGCCACCUUGUAAACGACCUAGAUUUAUGGGGUCGUCCCCAUUAUCUUUCCGCUCUGUCAAGGACAGUUCACGGUGUUUGGAGUCUCCUCAAGGUGGCGCUGUGAGUUCCAAACAAAUACUCAUCAGCUAUGUUAGGGCCGAGGCAGCUCAGCAUGCUGUGGAGCUAAAGAACCAGUUAUCUGACCUUGGCUGUAGUGUCUAUUUGGAUGUUGAUGAAAUACAAUCUGGUGUUGACUGGCAGGACUCGUUAAACUAUGCUGUCAGUAACUGUGAGAUAUUCGUACCCCUGGUGACACCUGUCUACGGAGAAACACAGUGGACUAACAGAGAGGUGAAGCUUGCUGAUGUUUUAGGUAAAUUUAUUUUACCUGUCAACUUCCUGGAAGAAUGGCCACCACGCUGUCUAGCUAUCCAGUUUGCUACGACACAGUAUAUAGCUUGGAAAACUCCCACACAGAUACAGACAGAGCUAGCUGAGGGUCGUGGAGAGUCUGUGAAUGAUUUCCAGAUAUGGGACAGGAAGUACAUUUCUUUGGUGGCAUCGAAAGUGGCUGAAAGGGUCACUCAAGGCUGGCAGUCAUCCAGAGUUCCUUCCCUUGUCAGGAGGAAAACCAUUGUGAAAAGCUGUGCCAUGGUGAGUCGUUCAAACCCACAAGCCAUCACAUCUAAUCGGGAUGGUCGUCCUUUGAUCGUCGUUUGUCUUCACCCAGAGCAGCGGGAACAGGGAUGCCAGCUGAAGGAUUGGCUACAGGAACAGGGAUUUGAAGUCCUGUUGUCAACAGAGCUUGACAUCUCCUGUCCCGAUUCUUUACCAUCAAGUCCCACAGUGAGGCUGUCACAGAGUAGCCAGACUAGUUUGUGUGAGGAGGAACAAGACAACAAUGCUGUGUUCCAGGAGAAAGCUGACGAUGCUGGAGUCAUCCUGGCCAUCUUGUCUCAACAGUUUGGGGCCUCACGGACGUGUCAACAGCAGGUGUACUAUUGUGAGCACAGAAAACGACUGAUCGCCCUGACAACGCUAGAUAAAGAUACUCAUGAGUUUCCCCUCUGGGUAAACAUGCUGAUAGGAAAGGAACCCUGGCUGAAUAUCCAAAGAGAUAACUUCCAAAUGGAUCUAUUGAGAAGAAUCAAGAAUUGCCUCGACCCUGAUGAGAACCGUGACCAGACCAAUGUGAAUCAGGAUACAAAGAUGUCACAAAGGGUGUGCUCCUUGAGAAGAAAUAUCCACAGUCAGUUCUGUGUGUGUGUGAUGCUAGGAAAUACAUCAGAAUCUGGGUCAACCAAGGUGUAUAGGUCUGUGUUGUCACAUCUGGCCUGUUUGGAGGAUGUUACUAUAGUAACAUGUAGUAACCAUGGAGAAGGAGAUGUCAACGGUCACAGAUCUAGAGUUGGAGAUCUUCACCAACAGUACAGUGUCCUUACUGUUUCUCCAGACAAACAGGGAAAAGGGAAAGAUGUGAAUAAAGACAAGAUGUCGACCGUACCUUGUGGAGCGACUGAGCAGGAGAGGGAUGCAGCAGUGGCCGGGGUGUGUGACCUGUGUGUACUGGUGUAUGGUGAUCUGUCCAUGGAGCAGUUGGUACGAGAGUUCCUGUGGAACGACCGAACAGUGGUCCCUGUCCUCAGUCCGUUACUGGCCGGUACACUGACCAGGAUACACCAGGUACCUCCAGGACUGAUACUUCGAGAAUGGUCAGUUUUAAGUGACCAGUCUGCCACAGCUGACAAAAUUGGACCAGUGGUCAAGACAAUUACUCGGACACUGCUGACUCAGAAUUCCAAUCCACACCGAACCAGCACUGCCAGGAAAGCAAGUCCAUUUAAAGCUCCACAAGGAAAGGUGACAUCACCAAACAAAAUUAAAAACACCUCCCCACAAGGUCAAAAAUCAGGUCAAAAGGUCACACUUUCCAGCCAACCAACUGUCAUUCUAUGACGAUUGUUGUUUUUAAUGCAUUACGGGCAGGUUUCCAGCAAGUAUAACUUUUCAGCAAUCACAGAAAAUGUCACAUUGUUUUCCCAGUUGAAAAGACAUAUCACUGCUUGUGUAAAGACUUUAUCUGAUAGAGUUAACACAAACUAUAUAAAGAUAUAGAAAUACUCUGUAUAAAUGUCUGGGCCAAAAGGGAACCUGUAAAACUGUAAAAAAUGUUUGUUUGGUUGUUAAAGUGAAUGGAGGAACUUCAUUUUUGUAUACAAACUCGUUGCAUUUUACUAUUAAUUUGAAAACAAAAGUAGCUUAAAAGAUUCUACAAACAUCAACAGUAACGAAAGGUUGGUAUGGCAUUGUCCACCUACCUGGUAAUAUGUUACCUUUUGUCUAGACAGCUGACAGCUUAGUUGCUAUUUCAUUUUCUUUAAAAAUUGUAGGAUUUACCAUCAUUAAAGGAGCUAUUUAGUCAAAUAACACCCAUAAAAUCAAUGAGAUACUGAAAAAAUCUACCUCCUUACGAAACUUUAUGUAGUUGAUAAUGACAUGACUUGAAGCCAACGUCUAGUGUAAUCAGUUUUCUUUUGGAAAAGCCAGUGGUAAGUAUAGCUAGAACCGAAAUAGUGCAAUUUUUUCGUGGGAAGUAAACAUGUAAAGUACCACACUGUCAACUGACAACACAGUGUCAGUGAGUCUGAUUUCGCAUUUACACAGCACAUCACAAGCAAGAAUAACAAGUAUCAUAUUUUAUGAAUCUAAUGAGAUAUUUGUGUUCACAGUUGGAUUGAGCAUGCAAGAAGUUUUCGUAGGGAGAAUUUCAAACUGCACAAAGUACAAUAUGAUUAGGAUUAAAUAUAAAACUCAUUUAUAGUGAUAAUUGAAAUGUUGUUUAGAAGAUGCUUUUAAUUGAGAAUAUAUGCCAGUACUUGCAUUCCAAAGUAGUUAACUAAAUACAGCACAAAACCUAAUUUCCUUGGUUGGAAAGACAUAUUUGUUAGUUAGAAGUUCAUGGGCAGCUGCCUCUGAAACGUAUGGUUGUAUAGUUAAUGAUUUCUUCAUUGCAGAUUAAGAACGUCGAGAAAACAUUGUCUAUAUUAUUUAGAAUUUUGUGAUCAGAUUAUAAAAAAACUUUCAUCACUAAAUUGUCCCCUUAAAAGCUUUUGUAUGUCAAGUGUAUUGGACAUAUUUAUGUGAUAAUUCUUUCCAGAGUUACUGCCCUUUGUGUUUACCACCAGCAUAUGUAAAUGUGCAUGUGUGUAUUAUUAUAAAGCCCUUACCAACCCUCUGCAUCAAAGCUAGAGGGCAUGGAAUACUGUCUCUUUGCCUACCUGCUUGCAUCAAUUUUAUGAAACUUUACUGAGUUGUGACCCUUGUUUUUCAUAAGCAUGACAAAGCCUUGUCCAUUCAGCUAUUCAGAAGGUACAAGAUGGAGGCAAAACAUUGUAAAAUUUCUUCUUCAUCAUUUGUACCUGUGAAUGUGUAACAGCCUCAUUUCAAUCCCCUUUUUAACAAGACUGUUUUAACUUUUUUGAUGACAUUAUACCCCCCUUUGGCUGAAGUCGGUUUAUAUACUGUUUGUUUCGUCCAUUUGUCCGUCACUUUUUUUUAUAAGAACAGUUAUGCGAGGAGCAAAAAUAUAUCUGACGCUUCCAGUUAAAUCUAGCAAUCUUAUAUAUGCAUUAACUUAACCCUCUUUCAAAAUCAAAUUAUAAAAAGUCAUUUACUUUAAUGCAGCCCUACUUGGUAUAUGUUACUACAGUGCAUUAGAGCACUUUGAAUACUUUUUCUUCCAUUAAAUUGAAAUAAGAAGGAUAAGGCAGUAUGGAUGAUAGCUAUAAAAGUAUGAAAGCAAGCAGGGUAAGUUCUAUCGCUCAUAUAUCUAGUUCUAGGAUCUAUGUAUAUGGAUGUACAGGGGUAUUUUGAGCUAAGAAUUCUGCUUACAGUUUUAGUUUGAUAAGAUCUGAUUUUUGAUCGGUUAGUUUAAGCUUAGAAGGCUCUACCACAAUCAUGUAAAUGUGCAAUUAACAUUCCUCCUAUUUGCUCCGACAGUUUUAUUAGUUUGUUAAAUCCCUUCCUUUAUUUCCACAAGGAUAUGUGUGUAUGUACCUGUGUGGUCAUCUUGUUAAUUAUUUAAAACGAGUUUAAUGGGUGAUGUUGUUGUAGAUAUAUUUUAAGUUGACUUGAGUAACAUGUAUAAAAAAUGUUCACUUCAGAGUUGUGCACUGCCAUGAGUUACCUUAAAACUGUCUCAGCUUGACCUUUAUUGGGACCAGGAAAAUUAUUGUUAACUGGGUGUUCUGUUACUGUUAACUUAACAUUACGACAUGUAUUCAGUGUGUCAAGACCAAGAUAGUAGACUUGAUUAGGUUCUACUGUUUAUAUAUAUGGUGUUGAUCUAAUACUGUUUUAGUUUAGAUUUGUUAAUUAUUUGAACUUCUGCAUUGAUGAUUUCCACAAUCUUACAAAUCUGUAUAAAAAAAUCAUUCAUGUCGGGUACCACUGCAGAUUUAAAAAUUCAUUGUUUUAUUCAUUAAGUUUCUUAUUUCUACUAUAUGUUUAUUAAGUUUCUUGCUUCUUUUAGUAGUUUAAACAUCUGUUUCUUUUAAUUUAAUAUUGUUAAUCUUACAUUUGAAUCUGACAUUAAUAUUAAAUGUGACUCCAUCUCCAUAACAACACGUAUGUAUAUAGCAGGUUUUCUACGCAAGUUUUACUGGUUAAUAUUCCCUUUUUUUUCCACUUUGAAUUCUAUUGAAUCUAAUUAAAUGUAUUUGUAUAUUUAAGCAUAUUUUCAAUUUUUUGAUGAUUGCUUUAAUUUGUUGAGUUUAUACAUGUAUAAACAUUUUUUUCUGUUUAUCAGAUUUAUUAAAUCAAGUUAUUUAUUAUAAAAUCAUGUUUCUUGAUAGUGAGCCAAAUCAAGAAUUUUUCAUUCUUUAACAAUGUUAUUUAAAAGGCUGGCAACAGUCCAUAGUAAUGCCAUGUACAGCUUAUCUUUGUCAGAAAGACCUUCCUUAAUCGGUUUACUUCUUACCCACUAUUUAUAAGUAGCCAAGUGAUUAUAGGGUUCUUUUACCCAUUCUGUUCUCAUUCUUGAGACUUAAAUUUCUUAAUUUUCUAAAUUUGAAGUUUAUACAAAUGUUUGGUAGAGAAUGCUUUUUGUUUACAUUUCAUGGUGCUGCAACCAAUAUUUCUGCCUCAAAUUCAUUAUAUGUUGUAAAUACUAUAUACUUUCUGAUUUGUAACACACAUAUCCUAUUUUAGUGUAUGAUAUGUAUGUAACCAUCCUUGAUACUCCAUUGAUUACGCUCACUUUUGCUCUCUGCACCCCGGGAAUAUAUAUCAUAGCAAAAUCAAAGGCACAAUGUGCACCGCCUUGUGGAUUAGAGGAUCAAUGAGAAGAUAAGUUUGGUCCUUACAUCAAAAGAUUCUGUUGGUUGCAUAACGGUAAGUGAAAUUGAAUGGCUUUGAGAGUGCUCCUCUGUUAUCUUCAAAGGACAGGUGUCAGCCUAGCGAUUAGUUAGUUUUUUUACCCGAGACCAAUCAAAUAGCUAGCCGAUGCCUUCAAUUUUGCUAUGGCAUAUUUCAGGGGGGUGUAACCCCGGAGUAUCAAGGAUGGUAUGUAACAGCCUGACAGAUUUGAUAGGAACCAUUCCUGUAUGAUCAGAUUUUAUUUACUGCUCUCUGUUUUAUUUAUAACAUUCUUUUUUUUAAAUCCAUGAAAUCCAUGAUAUGUAUAUUCUGUUUUGUUAAUCAGUGUUAGAAUUUACCUGUUAUAUACAUUAUUUAUGAUCUACAUGUCAUUACCUGUGUUGAGGUUUGGUUUGGAACCAACAACAAUAGUUUCAUUUUGUCAAACCUAUAAUUUGUAUUUAAUAUGUUGUAGAUUAAUCAGAAUGAUUUGUGUCAAAGAAAAGAACUGUCAUGUUGUGUUCCUUGUCCAUGAUAAAUUAUUAAUGAGAAAUUUAUUUGUUAUAAACUAUUUUCUUGUCCACAUUAUAUAUGUAUAUGAUAUUAGAUA